CUGGACAAGCUUAUCAUUUCCGACAACUUUCCAGUUGUGCGUGCGAGCGAGCACGGGCAACCGGCCGAUAUGCCGCUCAGCUAAGGGAAUUGUUCCAUCGUAGGUAUGGCCUCGCGAACAGGAUCUGAGCAGGGAAGGCCUUGUGCGCGGCAAAAAAUAAAUAAAAAUAACUUGAGACGGGACGCGAAUAAGACGAGUCGAAACACGAACGACAUGCCUGGGAAAGCAGCGGCUCAGCUGAGCCUUUGCAUCAAUCUUGGGAGCUGCCUCUGGGUCGCUCGAUAGGCGACUUGCCCCAACGCGCCAACUUAUCUCCGGCCACCCCUCGAGGAAAGCCGUCCACCCCGGCAGGAUUGGCCCCGUCACAUCCUGCCCCAACACGGAGUACGUUUACAAUACAUGCAGCAUGCUUCUGCUCUCCGGUCAAGGCAAAUUCUACGGCCGGCAGGCAAUAGCUGCCGCUGCAGUCGACAGGGGCUGGAAAGCCACCGCCAAUACCCCGAGCCUGGGCUUGUCUCUGGGCCGACCUGCCGAUGCUCCUGCCAACACGACAGUCGAGGGGCCCCCCAGGGGGGGUUUGUUUCAGCCGUGGCGUAUUUUUCUCAUCUUCGCAGAUGCGGCCCUCCCGCUCCAGACCAAUCACGGCCGGUGGCGCCGGGUGAUGAUUUGCGCCUUGAUCCCGGGCGGGUCGACAACGCCCAUCUUCAUCUGCGUCGUCAACGCCAACGCCAAUGCCCACGCCAACAGCGCGCGCCCGCUGUGGCGGGGACCCUCCGUGCCUCGAAGAGGCAGCUAGUCCAUUCAGCGGGCGGCGAGCACUUAAUGCCCUGCACCUCUGUCUCCU